CUUGUCUCUUUGAUCAAAAGCGACUGAUUGUGUUAUUGCGAUUUGCGUUUUUUGUAUUUUUACUCAGCUUCCUUGUAUUCAAUAUUUUUUUUCAUUUCCAGCUUUGGCUAAUCGAAUUAGACAAAACAGUACUUACACUUAUGCAGUACUGAAGUGAUAACUAUGAAACCUCAUAAACCAAGCAAAUAUAAAGAGUUUUUGUGUAGUGUAUUUCAUCAUCAUACUUUAUUAAAUAUAAUAGAGGCUUAAAAAAGUGAAGCAAAAGUAAUAGGAAUAGCCUGUGCUAACCUGUAGCUUUGCUUAGAAUGCAGGAUGGCUGUAAAAAAAUGUUCUAUAGCGAAUUGUAGUUCUACGUUAUCAAGCCCUGAAGAUAUUGGUGUGACUUACCACAAGUAUCCUAAAGACACCGGAAUACGUGAGAACUGGUUGUCUGCCACACGCCAGACUUAUGAUAACAUUGAUAAUUCUACAUAUGUGUGCUCUCGCCACUUUUGUAAAAGUGAUUUUAAAGUGUACCAGGACUCAAAAUAUGUCCUGAAGUCAGAUGCUGUACCAUCAAUAUUUUCUUGGAAUCCGAAUAUAAAAUCUAACAAAAUGGACCCUGAAUCAAUCACAGAAGCAAAUUCUGAAGAACAAACACACAAUACUUCAUCAAGCAGUAAAGAAUCUGAAGAAGAAAAUGUGGAUGCUAUACAAAAAUGUAUAGAUGAACAAGAAAUUGAGAUACAAAAUAAAAGGAAUCAAGAUGAAACACAAGAAAAGGCAGAAAUGGAUAAUAAACAGAAAUCAGAAAAUCCAGAAACCCCAGAAAGUACAGAAAAGCAAGAAAAUGUAGAAAAUUUAGUUAUAGAGCAAGUGGAGAAUGUGGUAUUAUGUACAAAAAUGAUGGACAUGAUAUUGAGUGUAUCUGAGGACAAAGCUGAUUCAAAAAAGGAAGUUAAACCUAUAGCUAAGCAGAGUGUGAGUCCUAAAGGUAAUAAUAGCAUUGCAUUGUCAGUGGGUUCAAAGGUGGUAGCCAAAGAUUUUGAGGAACUGUGGUACCCAGCUGAAAUAGUGGAAGUUGAUCAUGAUGAGAUGGAAGUGUUGGUGCACUAUGAAAACGUAUCCAACAAACCUGAUGAAUGGAUAAACAUAAGUAGUCCCAGACUUAGACCUAUAAAUAAACCAUCAACACCAAUAGAGACACCAGCAUUGACACCUGCAGUCACUGAAGUGGCUCCUCCUGAAGAGCAAGCAGCACCAGCGGAACUAGUUCAGGAGAUCAAAGUAGAAGACAAACCGAAAUUACAUUUUGUAGUGGGAGAGAGAUGUUUGGCCCGAUGGAGGGACAAUCGUAGAUUUAUUGCCACAAUUGCUAAUGAUUUGAGCAAUGGCGUUUACGAAGUCAUAUUCGACGACGGCUUCCACUGGAAGUGCAAUACGUCUCGAUUGUACAAAUUAAAAGAUCCAGGAAAGCAUUCAGAGUGUCUAUCCGUCGAUACAUCCAUGCCUCCGAAACCCUCUACCCCUUCUCCGGUCCAAGCAGGGGCCGGACCUAGCACCGCAUCACCCCUAAAUGCACUAACCCCUACCCCUAUAUUCCAUACCCACCUCUUUGACCCCACCCGUGACUAUUUAGGUCCUAAAUCUGAACGUCGCGAAAUGAAACGAAAGUUAAAUAUCAAAGAGAUUUUUAACAUCGGUCAAAAGAAAAAGAAAAAGGAAACACCGCCCAAAGAAAAAGUUGCACGAGUUGUAAAAGAAAAGAAACCAAGAGUACUUCUGCGAAAAAUUAAAGAAGAAUCAGUCGAAGAUGUCAAGACUGAAAUCAACACUGAAGUUAAAGCUGAAGUUAAAACUGAAAUUCCUGAUGCUGUAGCGUCUAUCAUUGGUACCGUCGCGAAAGAAGACGCGGCAAAACCGACGGUACCCGAAAUAAAGACGGAACCAGACACAGAAAAAUCACUUGACAGUAGCGAAGUGAAAGAAGAAAUUAAACUCGAACAAUCUGAGGUACAGGAAGGAAGUGAUAAAAUUACUUUAGACGAUCUGGUUGACAACAGUUCAGUAGCUAGCACAGAAAUUGACAUACCCUUUGACUUAGAUUUGCCACAAUCUACACAAGAUAUGGAACUUGAUUUGGAAGAGGAGCUGAAAUUAGAGAACUUCGAAAAACCGGACGAAAGUAAGAAAGAGGACAUAGAGAAAAUGAAGGAAGUCAUAAGCAAGCUAGAGGUAGGGCUGAUCAAAAUCGAAGAUGAUCACCAGAAUCGAAUCGAUUCUCCAAAACCUGAACCGCAACCGGCAUUGAAACCAGAAUUGAAACCAGAGCUGAAAUCUGAGUCGACACCUGAGCCAGAGAUUGAAGUAAUAGAAGUCAACCCCGCUGCCGGCGAAGUCGAUAAGAUUGACAAAGUGGAGCCUCAAGAAAAGUCGAAGAGAAAGUUGUCCAAGAUAAAGAAGAGUAAAAAGUUGAGGCUGCUGCAGGAGAAAAAAGUCAAGAAGCAAGUGGAAAAAGUAAAGAGUGAGUUGGAGGAGAUGAAACGUCAAGUGGAAGAGAUGAGGAAACAGAUGCUGCUCAAGACAGAGCAACCCUCGCCGGCUCCGCGCCCCAGCGAGAUGCCGGAGAGCUUCCUGCUUCCCGGCGAGUGGUGCUGCAAGUGGCGCGACGGCCAGCCAGUGGGCGCCGUCAGCGAGAUCGAGGGCGACUCCAAGAUGGACGCCAACAACAAGAUGGCCUUGCCGCGACGCAGUGUACAGGUUGAAGACAAGAGAUUGCCCGAAGGCUGGUCAAAGCACAUGGUACGCCGUAGACUAGGCCAGUCGGCCGGGAAGUGGGAUGUGGUACUGGUCAGCCCAACAAAUCAUCGGUUCCACACUAAAAAUGACAUGCGUAAUUAUUUAGAACUGAAUCGGAACGAGGAAUUGAAACCCUACGAAUACGCGUUACUAGAUUUUGGGGUGCAUCUCAAACUAUCCCGACGCAUGGGCUGGUACACGACCACUGUCGACGGCAGUUCAGACGCGGUAGUCAACACGCCUGUGAAUACCAUGUCCCCACUGGCCAAGGCGAAGAAAUACCGAGUUUACAGAAAGGAUGACAGGAAAGAAAAGAAGAAGAAGAGAAAGAAGCAAAUCGCUGCAUUCCGACGACAAAAUGCGUCCUUGGUUACAACGGCAGGAACAAGUGGCCAAGCAUCUAUAGGCUCGACAGAAUUCGAAGCUACACCCAUGGAAUAUCCCGCUCUAGAAGAUGGAUAUGUAUAUGUUGGUUCUCUGAAAGUUCAAAUACUCGAAAACUUGUUACGGUGCCCGGCCGAGGGCUGCUUUAAAAACUUCCGAAACAACACCUUACUGCAAAUGCAUAUAAAACAUUACCAUAGAGAACUGAGGAAGAUGUUGGGAGCGACGCCGAAAGUUCUAGAUUUAGCACAGCAGAGAACAUUACCUACAGAACCGGAACCAGUUAGACAGCUGGAUUCCAGAAUAUUGAAAAUUAAAAUAACGCGACCUCCGAAACGUGCCGAGGAGCCUAAACCGGAGCUAAAGGUGUUCUCCUCUGAAAUAAAUGUCAAUGUUGAGGCUGCGACUCCGACAAAAACGGAUCUGCCAAUACCAAGAUCACAAGAUUCGCCCAAACUUCGUGAAGCAUUAGCUAAUAAGCCGGUCAAAAGACCUAAAGUUUUACUACCGGUCCGUCGACCAGAUCCUGAGCCGAUUCCUGACGAAUUUGAAGAAGAAUCUCCAGCUCUUACUUACGAUGACGACACUAUGGAGUCUACGAUAGAAGUAAUGGAACCGCAAGACUUCGAAACUGCAAUCUCCACGCAUACCGUCACAAAACCGAUCGACGCUUUUGGAAAGAAGGCGGAGAAGAAACGCAAAUGUUUCUCGACUGUUCCUAGGAGACCGGCCAGUGAGGAAGACGAAUGGUUCGGAAUGAAUUCUGAUGUAGAAACCAGGUCUAGUUUCCCCGGUUCUGGAACUCCGGAUUCAAAAACCAUGGAUAAAGUGAUGAAUCAUCAACUGGCGGCUUCCUCGGAAUCUGCUGAGGAGCAGAAGGGCGCUAAUACGUAUAUGUUUACAGAGACCGGUGAGCGUAUAAAGAUCGAGCACAUGAGGCGGGAGGAGAUCAUCAACUGCCACUGCGGCUUCCGCGAGGAGGACGGGCUGAUGGUGCAGUGCGAGCUGUGCCUGUGCUGGCAGCACGCGCUUUGUCACAACAUACAGAAGGAGUCUGAGGUUCCAGAAAAGUACACAUGCAGUAUAUGCCUGAACCCGAGGCGCGGGCGCCGCUCCAAGCGCUUCCUUCACGACCAGGACAGAUUGUACGAAGGCCUGCUGCCCGGGGCGAAGCCCUGCGAGUCGCUGAGGAGGUCGCACGAAUUGUCGGGCAACCUGCUGCGGAUACAGGACGCCUUGCAUGCUUUGAGAGUCAAGUACUACGUUGCCACUAAAAAGGAUCAUCCAAAACUGUACCUCUGGGCAAAAGACUGGGAGAACGCUGAAGUGAAUUUCACUCAAGAAAGACUGAACUCUGACUAUUCCGACUUGAAUAUAAUAAUCAAUAACAUUGGCAAAGAGAACCUACCUGUCAAACACGAAGACGUACAUUUGGACUUGCGGCCGCCUUUGACUGAUGAUUUGGACCACGAUAGGUUUAGUCAAAGGGACUCAUCCAACUCCUUGCUAAAUCUUACGGCAGCUCUGGCCAGUCCUGGUGGUACUUUGGAUCUGCCUAUUACUACAUCUGAAUUGGAGAGAUUAGCUAAGUCUGUGCAAGAGCAAGAAGUGCGUAACGUAUCAGCCCCGCAGCCCGAAGCGGCCAUCGAGAACGGCGCGUGUCGCGAGCGCCUGCUGCGCCACGUGCAACGAAGCCAGGCGCUCAUCGACGCCAGGCUCGACUCUAUAGAGGCACAAGUCGCUGAGUUAGAGUCUCAAGAUCCAUCUUUCGAAGACGACGAGACUGCAGACUAUUUCCCGCGCACCAAGCAAACUAUACAGAUGCUCAUGCACGACCUUGAUACUAUGGAGGAGCUGGGAAUUAUAACAUAAUACCCUAACUAGUAUAAUGUAAAACAUAUGGUUUAACCAUGUAAAUAGUUUACAAGAAAAGUGAUUAAUCUUUAUUGGUUACUGUAUAAAAGUGUAGAAAAUAAGUAAAAAAUAAAUAGUGGCAUUCAUAAAA